AUGCUCUUUUUCAUUUAUUUGGGAAUUCAAGCUUUGGCUUUUCAGUUCCUUGAUUCUGGGAUUCUGCUGUAUGAGCUAUCCACAGAGAUAUACCAGUCUCAGUGUGCUCAUCGAGCAUUAGAGGACGUGAUUGAAGAGUGUGCUUCUGGCGGCGUGGAAAGCCUUAGUCUGGCACUAAGAAAGAAACUGGCUGUUGAUUUAUCUGUUUGUGAAUUUCAAGAUGCAGCGAUAGACUAUCCAGAAAGUUGUAAGCGUUUGGAUACUGAUUCUGCCUACCAUAAUUGCAUUCAAGAGCUUAGACAGACAUCUCAGUACUGGACCACAUAUUCGGGAAAUUACCGAAGAAUAAAAAGUAUCUGUCACGAAGAAGCCAUGCCGUUUUUCAAAGAGCAUCUUGUUGAUCUAUUUAAUAACGUUACUCGAACUUACACUUCGUUCCAUGAAGCAUCCUUUGAAAGCACCAAAGAAACGGAACGAUACCAGAAAGAAGUACAGCUUCAAUUUGAGAAAAUGCUUGCAGAAGUGAUGGAGAUGGUGUCAGUCAGUAGAAAACAUCGUGAAGAUUGGGAAGCGGAAGCCAUGGCUUUCAAUGAAGAAUUGGAGAGCAUCUUCAGCAACGUUCAGGGCCAGGUACACCACGAAUUUGACCAUUUAGCGUCAUCCAUAAAUUCCUUGAGUAAAGUAGCUAAUAACCAGGCAGACCUCGUCGGUAUCCAUGCAGACGAAGAAACAGCCAGGCUAAAUGAAGCUUCAUCGUUAUGGACAGACUUCAAGGGAACACUACAUGAAGACAUUCUUGAAAUCCUUGAAGCCAUGAAAGAUAUCCAAACACAAACUUCCCUUUCCCAAUCCAACCAACUAGCUCUCCACGACACUCUCCAAGGCGAACUUCAACUCACCACUGAGUUCCAGCACCGUCUUCGUUCUAUCGAGUUCGAUCUCCAACAAUACUUCGAUACCCAAAGCACAGAACUAGAGUCAUUCAUCGAAGCGACAUUGUUAAAGUUUGGGUCAAUGCUAAACACUUCGGUGCAGCAGUUGGAGACGAGCCAUGCAUCACUAAGAGACAACGUCUACGACCUCAACGAGAUGCUAGCAGAACAAAAAGACUCUUUCACAAAGCAACCUACACUUUUGAAUGUUCUACCUAACACUAUGAGACUCCCUUUAAGCUGGCUUCCAGCGUUUCUUAUUCCUGUGAAGUCGCCGAAUUUCCUAAACGAUGUGAACACUCCAGAACCACUUGACCCUGUCAUCCAUCGCAAUAUGUUCACCUAUGCACAUCUAAUAGACAUUUCGUAUUGCAUUGAUAAGUUCCAUGGAAUCAAGGAGCCUUUUGAAUGUAACUUGGAUUGCUCCAAGAGGUUCCCUAAUAUGACGUUGGUGCACCAGUGGUACUUUGACGAUGCUGUGUGUGGAUACAUUGCAUCUACGUACUCUGAUAUCUUCAAUUAUGAGGAGACUACGGAAACAACAAAGAAGCACAAGACUAUUGUUGUUUCUUUGAGAGGGACGAGGUCGCUUAAUGACGUUUUGGCUGAUAUCAGGGUGGAUAUGGUGCCUUAUCAUAAUCUACAUCAUCGCCUACCGUAUUGUGGAGAGAACUGCAAGAUACACCAGGGGUUUGCUAGGUACUAUAAGAACACCCUUGCGGCUAUUCAUAACCAAUUGACCACCGAGCUUUCUUCUGGUGGAGACUCUGAGGAUUAUGAGUUGGUGUUUGUGGGUCACUCAAUGGGCGGCUCGGUAGCUCUUCUACUAGCACUACAUUUCCUUGAUCUUGGUUUCGAUAAGCUUACCUUGGUUACAAUGGGCCAGCCUAUGGUUGGAAAUAGCGAGUUUACUUCCUGGGCUGAUUUUGUUCUUGGAAGCUAUAUGCCUAUGAAGCAUGGUUCUUAUGAUCGGAAGUUCUUGAGAGUUAUACAUAAGGGGGACUUAGUUACUCAGGUUCCUUCUACCUCUUCAAACUUUCUUGAUCAGUUUGCACAGUUUCAAAACCAAAUCUAUGUAAAUGUCACUGGAGGUGAAACAAAUCCAUCUGUUGAUGAAGUUGUGGACUGCUUCUCUGGCACAAAUCCACGGUGUGUUUCUGCUGACUUCAGCAAACCUCAUAUGGGAAGCAUCAUUUUCCGAAACUACUACGAAGCCCAUAAUACGUACUUCAGGAACAUAGGUCUCUGUGGUCUAGGUGUACGGAAAGAUAUCUCUGUUUUCGGGGCCGUAUAG